CACCAAAACCCAAAUGCUCAAAACUCAACACACACACUCUCUCUCUAAAUUCCAUUUUUUAUUUUCAUUUCUUUUUAUGUUUAUUAUUAUUCACCUACUUCUUUUUGUUUCUCUCUCUAAAACCUCACAAGCAAGAAACGCUAUUUUCUCUCUCACUGUUCCUCCUGAAAAAAAAUGCUAAAUCUGAAGAAUACCCAUUUCUCAUCUCCUUGAUCUACACCAAGUUCCUCUCACCCCACUUCAGAUUUUUCUCUCUCAAGCGUAUGAAAGUUGCAAUGUGAGUUAAAGUUUUCACCUUUUUGCAAUGGUGGCUGCCAUUUCAGAAAACCCAUUAACCUCUUCAAGAACACAAGAAAAAGAUAACAAUGGCGUCAUACCCAGAAGAGUUAAAGGUAGACAAGUUUCUUCAAGGUACAUGUCACCUUCACCUUCACCUUCAACAACAACAACAUCUUCUUCUUCAACAACAACAACUACAACUUCUUCUUCUUCCUCUUCUUCUUCACGGCGAUUUCCUUCACCUCUUUUAUCACGUUCAACGAAUUCUUCAUCAUCAACACCACUUGUUGUUCCUAAACGUUCUCAAUCGGUGGACCGUCGGAGACCUCGACCAACAACACCAGUUCCCGAAGCAACUAAGCUUCUAGUAACUUCUACUCGGAGUUUAUCUGUUUCUUUUCAAGGUGAGGCUUUUUCUCUUCCUAUUAGUAAGAGUAAAGCGAAAGCUGUUACGCCGGAGCGACGGAGGGUUACUCCGGUCGCCGUAAAAGGAGAUCAGGGAGAGAACUCUCGUCCCUCGGAUCAACAUCGGUGGCCGGCACGGUCACGGCAGGUUAAUCAGUUGUCAAGAAGUGUUGAUUGUGGUGGUGGUGGUGGUGAUGGUGAUGAGAAGAAGAAGGUUGUUGGGAAUGGGAAUGGGAAUGGGAAAGUUGUUCGUGCAUUGCAACAAUCAAUGGUGAUGGAGAGUGGUAGAAGAAGAGUUUCUUUUGAUGGAUUAAGGGGUUUGAGUUUGGAUUUAGGGAAAACUGUUGAAUUGAAUGAACCUUGUUUGAAUUCUGUUGAUGUUAAUGCUUCUGAUACUGAUAGUGUUUCAUCAGGUAGCACUUCAGGUGCACAUGAUUCUCUUGGGACUAACAAGGUCUCUAAAGAAUCUCGUGGAAUUGUUGUUUCUGCAAGGUUUUGGCAGGAAACUAAUAGCCGAUUGCGGCGUUUGCAGGAUCCUGGUUCACCUUUAUCAACUAGUCCUGCUUCAAGAAUUAGUGUUCCAUCUAAGAAUGCUCAAUUGAAGAGGUAUAGUAGUGAUGGUCCUAUGUUGUCGCCUAGAACUGCGGGUUCUCCUAUUAGGGGGAAUGCACGGCCUGCUUCGCCUAGUAAACUUUGGGCGUCGGCUGCAUCCUCACCGUCGAGGGGGUUUUCGAGUCCUGCUAGGGUGAGAAGUGCGGUUGCUAGCUCGAUCAAUAGUAGUUCAGGUAUUUCGCCCUCGAUUCUUAGCUUCUCUGCUGAUGUGCGGAGAGGGAAGAUAGGGGAAGAUCGAAUAUUUGAUGCACAUACAUUGAGGCUUCUCUAUAAUCGGUAUGUGCAGUGGCGAUUUGUUAAUGCCAGGGCUGAUGCUACAUUCAUGGUGCAGAAAUUGAAUGCAGAGAGACAUUUGUGGAAUGCAUGGGUAACAAUAUCAGAACUUCGGCAUUCAGUCAUACUUAAAAGAAUCAAGCUGGUAUUGCUGAGGCAAAAGUUGAAGCUGACUUCCAUUCUAAAGGGACAGAUUUCGUAUUUAGAGGAAUGGGCCCUUCUUGAUAAAGAUCACUCCAGUUCUUUACUUGGAGCAACUGAAGCUUUGAGGGCCAGUACUCUCCGUCUUCCGGUUGUCGAAAAAGCAACAGCUGAUGUACCAAAUCUGAAGGAUGCUUUGGGGUCCGCAGUUGAUGUGAUGCAGUCAAUGGCGUCCUCAAUAUAUUCUCUUUCGUCAAAGGUGAUUUUUUAUAAGCAGGUGGAAGAAACUAACUGCUUGGUAGCGGAAAUCCUAAAGGUAACCUCAAAGGAAAGGUUUUUGCUUGAACAAUGCAAGGAUUUUUUGUCUUCCUUAGCAGCCAUGCAGGUCAAGGAUUGUAGCUUAAGAACGCAUAUGUUACAACUUUCUCGUGUACCAGCUUCCUAACAAGGCGUGCGUAGAACUGAUCUUAUUUGACCUGACAGCUCACUCUUAAUGCUAACACACUACUACUCCCAGCCUUUUUUUAUUUUCCACAAGGGUGGAUAUAACACAGAAGGUAAUAAUAAGAAGAAGAAUGGAAUAUGGAGUCAAUAGCUGGUUUUUUGUUUGCUGUUUGUUUGACUUGAAUGUAUUGUGUGCAGUAUAUCCAAUGUGUCUGAAUAUUACAGUUUACAAAAGGAGAAAACAAAAAAAAAAGUGGCUUUUUCUCUCACUAGUUAGCUAGAUCAAGAUGUAUACAAUUACCUACCUUGUCAUUUGAGGAAAAGUGAGUGUCUGUGUAUAUAUCUAUAUAUGUAAUCAACUAAUUAGUCAUUGUUUAGUAGGGUAGUUUGUGGCCUAGAUCUUCAUUUAAAUCCAUGGUGUAUGGUAUGCUCUUCUAUUUUUUCAUUGUAGUUCUAGCAAUCA